AGAAGAAAUAGUUCAGAUUCUCACAAGCUCAAUCGCAGUCCGCUCAGAAAACCCAAAUAUACAAAGAAUUAAUUUCACACAUUUCCUCACCUAAAGAAAAACGCACACACACAGUCACACAGUCGCGGCGGAGCUCAGUUCGAGAGGACAAAGGCAAGAUGACGGAGGCAAUGGUGAGGGGGAAAGCCGGCAUGGCUAGUGUCAAAGACAUGCCGGUGGUCCAAGACGGCCCGCCACCGGGUGGGUUUGCUCCGGUCCGUUUCGCUCGCCGGAUCCCUAAUACUGGGCCCAGCGCCAUGGCCAUUUUCUUGACCACUUUGGGUGUUUUCUCCUAUGGAAUGUAUCAAGUCGGCAAAGGCAAUAAGAUCCGCAGGGCAAUUAAGGAAGAAAAGUAUUCUGCACGGCGUGCUAUAUUGCCAGUGCUUCAAGCUGAAGAGGAUGAAAGAUUUGUUAAAGAGUGGAGGAAAUAUCUCGAGGAAGAGGCCAGAAUAAUGAAGGAUGUUCCUGGCUGGAAAGUUGGUGAGAACGUGUACAACUCAGGAAAGUGGAUGCCUCCAGCUAGUGGAGAACUCCGACCUGAUAUCUGGUAGGAGUGAGAUUGGGGUCUUUUGAGGCUUGUAACUGUACGAGUAAUGUUAAGCCAUGGUUCCUUGACAUCCUUUAUGGAAUAUGUAUUAAGUUGCCUGCCUCUCACAGAAAAAUAAAGCUGAAUUAAGGGGAUCUGCUUUACAAUGUAAUCAAAUUGAUGAGACACGUUGCUUCUGUAAUCUUUUGAUGUUCAACUAAAUUGAUGCAAGUACGCAUUUAUGUUUUGGGACUUGUUUAUGAUGACACUAAUAAAUGUCGGAAGCUUCUUGUAGCCAUUUCCGUGAUUUGUUACCGGACAGCGGUUGCUCCUCUGGUUCUUUAAUGAUCUAACAGGCCUUGUUAUAU